GCUGGAAGAGGCGCGCCUGUGGACACCGCUCGGGAGAACGAGAGGGUGUGAGGGAGGGUGAGAAGUCGAGCUACGAGCGAUACGAGUGUAAACAGCGAGGCGAGCGCACUUCACCAACGUAAAUAAGCUGUUAAGCUCUCUUUCUCUCUCUCCCAUCGCUCGAGCAAAACAAGCAUCAUCGAGGAAAGAAACAAUCACCGACCAGAUCGAGUAAACAAGAAAGAAUAGCCGAGCUAUAUAUAAAACAGCAGCAACAACAACUAAAAAAGCUCGAGAAUGAGAUCGUACGACGGCGAGAGUAGCUCGUGCGAGGAAGACGAUAGGAGAGAGGCAAUGGCCGAGGCCCACUUGCAGCCGCAGCCGCAGCAGCAACAGGGCCCGUGGCAGCGCUCGGCCUCCCAUGCGACCUGGGCGUGGGAGCAUCGCAAUACCCAUCCUCUGGCAGCUCACUCGAAUCCGAGCGGCGGACUGGAUCAUCCCAUGGUGGCGGCCUACAGCGCCGGUGCCGGUGGCUCGGCGCCUCACCAAGUCCUGACCGGACCUCCGCAUCAUCCCUCGCAUCAUCCUCCUCCACCGGCAUCGGCCGGAGCCGGUGCCUCCGCGACGGCUUCCGGGCCGGGCGCCAACGUCGUCUACUCGUCCGAGAGUCCGGUGGUGGGCGUGCCCGGACGUCGAACACCCCUGGGCGCCGUCGGACUGGGCGGAUUUUACUUCCAGCAGCAGCCCGCGGCCCAUCAGCAGCAGCAGCAGCAACAGCAGCAACAGCAGCCUCACGCCUCGUCGUCGGGCAACAACGUGCCCACGGAUGAGAAUAGGCCGGAGCACGAGAGAUCGGGCAGCUCAAGACUCAAUUGCCCGUCGUCCAAGAUGAAGACGACCAGACAGGGCAAGAACGUGCGGCUGAACAUCAACGCGCGCGAGCGCCGCCGCAUGCACGAUCUCAACGACGCCCUGGACGAGCUGCGCUCGGUCAUACCCUACGCGCACAGUCCCUCGGUGCGGAAGCUCUCCAAAAUCGCCACUCUGCUCCUGGCCAAGAACUACAUUCUCAUGCAAGGAAACGCACUCGAGGAGCUGAGGCGCGUCAUCGCGGUGCUGCAAUCGCCGCACGCCCACGGCGCGGCCCUGCCGCCGACGCCCGUCUCCUGCGAUCUGCUCUCGGGCUUCACCGGUCGACUGUUCCAGGGCGUCCAGGAGCUCCAGGGACUCAUGCCGACCAACGCGUCGUCGGCCCAGCAGCAGCCACAAGGACAGCAACAGCAGGAUCCGAGCCCGAGUGGAAAGUCGUCCACCGAGACCGUUUAAAAAAAUUGUUUCUUAUCCAUACGAGGUUUUGUCUCGAGUAUAGCAUACUAGUCAACGAGAGUCCGUUAAUCCAAGCCAAUUUUGUCUUUUUAAAGCAUAUGAUAAUUGUAUAAGUAUAAACGUUAGUGAACGAGUGAGCCAUAAUGAAUUUGAUAUUUUUCGAAUUCAACGAUACGAAUCAAUGAAGUUUGAUGUAUUAUCAA